CGCGCUCUGCCGAGGAAUGCGACAACCAGUUCUUUUUAUUUCUCGUACACGGAGGAGUGGAGUGUACUAAUUUAUCGAAAAUAAUCGCGAUUUUCGGCUCGUUCCCCGCGAUUUCGCACCGAACGAGUUACAAGCUACCACGUAAAUGAGGUAGCCGCGAAAAUGAGCUCGCUGCAACAAGGAAACAGGUUCCUACCAUUCUCAAACAAUAAUCUACAGAGGAAACAAUUGUCCAUGCAAGGUGGCCUUCCCCAGAGUUUGAGUGGUAGUGACACCGAUGUUUCCACAUCCAACGAGAACCUGAGCAACGAAGAAAGAUAUGUCAUAAGACAUACAGCGCGGCAGGAACCGCAAGGUCAGGAAAAUCAGCAGCAGAGCCCUUCCAGAUCUUCCAGUCAUAAGGAGAACAUACCAAAUAUUCAGGGUAACUUGCACAACAGAAAUAGCUUGAAGGACAGUCUGAACGGAUCGAACAGAAACAGUUUAAAGGAGAGCUUGAACGGUUCGAAUCGAAAUAGCCUGAAGGACAGCAUCAAUGGAUCUAAUCGGAACAGCUUGAAGGACAAUUUGAGCAAUCGUACCAGCGUUGGUUCCAACAGAAGCAGUCUAGAUGUCUCAACGAGUUCUUACAACACGCUGAUUAUACACAACGCUAACGAGGAGAACACAUGGGUACCUUCUACGAGGCUGACAAGCAUAGUGAGAGAGCACGGAGAUAUGGGCUACUUGUACUGCGACGGCAGCGGCAAGGGUCACUCCAACAGUCCCACAAUGCAGUCCCUGUCCAAUCUGCAGCACGAAGAUUACAGCCACGAGCAAUCCGGCGGCGGCGGCGGUUGCCAGGAAAUUACGGAUAUCCCGGAUGAUUACCUCAGUCAGUCUCAGGUCUUGAAGCAUCUCGCGAAGGAAGUGAAAGUACCGUCUUACAGCAACAACGGGGGUAGCAUCGAGAUGAGGAUAAGAGACGGCGACAGGGGAAAACAAAACGACAACGAAUUCGAGGACAGAUCGUCACCGGCCUACAUAUCCACGUUGUUACCGUUGAAGAACAAACACAGGCUCCUCGGGCCGACGGAGAAACUGACUAUAUCGAGAUCGCAGCCUGACUUGUCUAGAAUCAACAAAGCGGACAUCGAUAACUACAAUUUACGAGCGACCUCCCCGCGACCGCAAACCAAAGGACGCGAGGAAGUGGAGAGGGAGACGGGCGAGGUGUGGCCGCCGUCGGAGAUGAUUCAAAUCCUGAUUCAAGAGAACAGCGCGUUGAAGGUGGAACUGGAGCGCUGCUACAACAAGGUCGCCAAGUCGCAGAAGUUGGAGCAGGAGAUAGCGAAGGUGCAUCGCGCUCACGAGGAGCUCGCCGCGUCGUGCGAGCGACGGGAGAAGCUGGAGCGCGCCGCCAGGUCGAGGCUGCAGAAUGACUGCAAGCGCCUGAUCGAGCUGAACCGCGCGCUGAGGGACCAGAUCGACCUGUUGUCCGCGCGUACGGACAGUCCGCCGAUCGUCGAGUCCAUGCGGAAGGAGCUGACGCAGCGCGAGCUACUCAUCGGACAGCUCAUCACUCAGAACAAAGAAUUAGCAGCUGCGAAGGAAAGACAGGAGAUCGAGCUGGCUGCGCAGCGAGCCACCCUGCAGGAGCAACGCAAGCACAUUGAGAUUCUCGACAAUGCGUUGAGCAACGCGCAGCGCAACGUAGUACGGCUCGAGGAUGAAUGUCGCAAGAAGCAGGUGUACGUGGAGAGGGUGGGCCAGCUUCAGCGAGCCCUGUCUUCGCUUCAGGCGUCUAGCGAUAGACGAGAGGAGACCGAGAGGCAACUCAGGGGCCAGCUCGAGAGGGAGUUGCGCGAGGGUGGCGGCGCUGGCGGCGCCAACGGCAGCGAGCAGACGCCGAACGCGGAAACGAUCGCGGAUUUCAAGCGACGGUUGCGCGAACGGGACGAGAAGAUCAUGUCACUCGAGGGCGACGUCGCCAAGUGGGAGCAACGGUACCUCGAGGAGAGCGCGCUGAGACAGGCGGCCAUCGACGCAGCCAGCCUCCCGAAAGACGCGAAGAUCGCCGCUCUGGAGAAGACGAGUCAAGACGCGGAGAAACUGAUCGCCGAAGCUCGCUCGGAGAAGAUGAGACACAUGGACGAGGUGCACGUCGCGCAGAAGAAACUGGCCGAUCUGGAGUCGAGGAUGAAGGAUUUGGAGUCCAAGUUGGCCGAGAGGGACGCUAUGAUCAGGGUGCUUCAGAAACACACGUACGACAAGGAUAGCAGUUGUAGCAGCGGCGUAGGCAGUUACCCCGCCGCGCACUCGUCUCACUCGAGCACGUCGGCGGAUCAUCACACCGCGCUGACGAGCACCUCGGAACUCGUGAGCAGUGUACUCGGCGGUGGUAGCGGUUACGGCAGCACCGCUUCUUACGGCGUUACCGACAGUUAUAAGUAUAGAAAACAGGGCAGCUUUGAGCAAACUAAUAAGAGUCUCGAUGAUCAACUGAAAGAGCUAGACUCUCAGCUACUCAGCAAGCGGGCACUUUGCUGUUUUCCAGGAUUCUCUAAUCCAGGCACUGCGUCGCGAAAAGGAAAAAUCCCCAAGCCACUACUGGCGGGUGUAGAUAGCACAGGUACCUCGAGCACCGCCUCGAGCAAGAGCCGACUGUUGGACGACUCGUCCGGCGCCGAGCACGCGGCCGUCUCGCCGAGCAUAAUCGAGCUGGCCAGCGCGGCGGCCAGGCUGAAGGGCACGAUCACGAGGCUGUCGGACGGCAAGCAGGCGGGCGAGGACAUGAUGCUGCUGGAGAAGCAGGGCAGGAGCUCGCAGCGGCAGCGGAUGCAGGAGGGCGAGCCGCGCCGCGCCGGCAGCCUGCCGCCGAGCUCGCUGCCGCGGCCACCGCGGACGCUCAAGUCGACGGCGAACUCGCGCUACUGCCGUCUCAGCGACACGGAGACGCGCAAGAAGUCCGACCCGGGGCCGGUGAGUCUGGACUCCUCGUCGGCUGGGGUCGGCAUGACGACGGCGACCACGAGCGCCGGCGGUGCUAAGGCGGCGCGCGACCCCACCAACUGCAGCAGCAUCGAGUACGGCCGGUUCGACGCGAAGGCCUCGCGCAAGAAGAAGUCGACGCCCGGCGUGGUGGAGAGUUUCGUGACGAACAACUCCUUGAAGAAAUCCUCAGCCGCGAGCACGACGACCAACACGGCGACGACGACGGUGGCGGCGGCAGCGAGCGGUGGAGGCGGCGAGUACGAGAGGCUUCAGUCGGACAACGGCGCGAUCACGGGCCGCAAGAAGUCGGCGAUCGCCGGCAACGCCGAGAUGGUCAAGCACCGGGAGAUCCAGAGCCGCUCGUUCAUCCCGCCGCCGUCGCGUCGCAUCGGCGAGUACGGCCGGCUGAGCGACGGCGACUCCCCGUCCUCGUCGUCCGCGGUUAAGGCCGGCACCCUGAGGAAAGCCGGCCAGGCCGGUGGCUCCUCGCGCGCCCAGAGCACCGGCAGCACGGUCAGUAGCAAGAGCGCCCGCGACUCCGGCGGCACCGCCAGCAGCGAGGCCUCCACCGCCUCCUUGCCGCCGGUGAAGGCGCGGUCGAUACCGCGCCCCAACUACCGCAUCCAGUUCUGAAGAGCCGGCCUGCUCUCGCGCCCACGUAGCGCGCACGCGUCCCGCGAGUAGCCCAGGAAAACGGGGCCGUAACACGACGGAGCGGAUCCCGCGGGCCACAGCGCGAGCCACGGAUUUGUAAUUAACGUAGCGAUAGUGUAUGACCUAGUCAUUACCAAAGUAACUCCCGAGAGAAAAGGGUGUGAGGGAAAGGAAGGAGUCGUGUGUAUGUGUGUGUGUCCUCCCCGCGUCUCACCGCGUUUCACAGCGCGUUUCUACGGCCGUGAACGACGAGGUGGGACGAUCGCUCGUCGCUCUCUCCUCGUGUGGAAGUGCCUUUCUCGCGCGUUCGCGCGAUCUCCACGAAUCUUGCUCU